AUGCCAGCCCCACGUACUCUAGGCCUCGUACCUUCGCGUUCGGCAAGCGGACGUGGCCGUGGUACAUUUCGACGACGUGGCACUGGCGCCUCACAACGUGGCGGUGCACGCGGAGCUGGUGGCCCUUCAAGUGCUGAGGCAGCGGCUUCGUUGCUGGAAGAACGCUUUGCCGCUGUACGCGAACAUGACGCGAUUGAUGAGCGCAUGGGGUUCCAGCGUAUCGAACAAGGCGAAACUCGACAAGCUUGGAUGGUCAAUAUGCAUCCAACGCUGUUGCCAGAUGAGACCCACCCAACGGGCCGAUCAGGCGUAGACUACUACUUUGUGCAGGAUGAUGCAUCUAUGUUCAAGGUAACCGUCGUAUACCAGCCAUACUUCUUGCUGGGCUGCUAUCCUGGUACAGAGUCUAUCGUUGAAGAAUGGCUUCGACGCCGUUUUGAAGGUACUUUGCACUCUAUCGAGCGCAAGCAUGUGGAAGACCUUAAGCUCCCGAAUCACUUGGUGGGGCAUCAACGUUUAGCCCUGCAGCUGCGAUUCAUGAACGUACAUGAUCUCCUUACCGUUCGAAAAGAGCUACUUCCGCUGGCACAAGAUGCACAAAAGAAAGUGUCGGCGAUGGAAGCCUAUGCCCAUGUAUUGCAAGAUACCAGCUCUGUAGGAGAGGCGGACUUCGCUAUUGGUCUGGAAACAGACGAUGCUAAAGUGACGAUGAAGGCACGAAGCGGUGGAAAGAAUGCAGAACAAUGUAUUGUGGCGCUCUGGGAAUAUGAUGUGCCUUAUUACCUUCGAGUGGCUAUCGAUAACGACAUCCGUGUUGGUCUGUGGUACGAUGUGAGUUUCCAUGAAGGGCAGGUGACACUACGUGUAGUGCCAGAGCGUGUGAAGCGUGCUGAUCCUGUGGUUAUGGCCUUUGAUAUUGAGACGACAAAGCAGCCGCUCAAGUUCCCAGAUGCGGAGUCGGAUGUGAUCAUGAUGAUUUCGUAUAUGAUUGAUGGACAAGGUUUCCUCAUCACGAACCGCGAAGUGAUUAGCGAGGAUAUCGAAGACUUUGAGUACACGCCGAAAGAUGAGUACGAAGGUCCCUUUAUCAUUUUUAAUGAGCCGAACGAGGUAGCAUUACUCCGCCGCUUCUUUGGCCAUAUCCAAGAAGCUCGACCAACGGUAAUUGCAACAUACAACGGUGACUCGUUCGACUUUAUGUUUGUGGAUGUACGUGCCAAGAUCCACGGCAUUGAUAUGUACCAAGAGAUUGGCUUUGCCAAGGACUCGGACGAUGAGUACAAGAGCCGCCACUGUUCGCAUUUGGACUGUUUCCGCUGGGUCAAGCGUGAUUCCUACCUCCCACAAGGCAGUCAAGGUCUCAAAGCUGUUACGGUAGCGAAGCUGGGGUAUGAUCCCAUGGAAUUGGAUCCAGAACUGAUGACGCCCUAUGCAUCAGAGCAGCCUCAAACGCUAGCACAGUAUUCGGUAUCUGAUGCUGUUGCUACCUACUAUCUUUACAUGAAAUAUGUGCAUCCCUUCAUUUUCUCUCUAUGCAAUAUCAUUCCGUUGAACCCAGACGAAGUCUUGCGAAAGGGUAGUGGGACGCUAUGUGAGACCCUACUGAUGGUGCAGGCCUACAAGAGCAAUAUCCUGAUGCCCAACCGACAUGUGGAUCCGAUUGAUAACACCUUUGAAGGGCAUAUUUUGGAAUCAGAGACGUAUGUCGGUGGACAUGUGGAAGCCCUGGAAGCAGGCGUAUUCCGCAGUGAUAUUCCGACCGAUUUCCGAAUCGAGCCAGCGGCGAUGCAGCAACUCAUUGAUGAUCUGGACGGAUCGCUCAAGUUCAGUAUCGUGGAAGAAGGCCAUUUGUCCCUCGACGAUAUUGAGAACUUUGACGAGGUGAAAGGCCAGAUUAGUAGCAUGUUGGAGGCUCUGCGAGACAACCCCAUCCGCCAGGACAAGCCACUGAUCUACCACUUGGAUGUGGCGGCGAUGUACCCCAAUAUCAUGUUAUCCAAUCGUCUGCAACCUGAUUCCGUGGUAUCUGAAGCCAUGUGUGCUUCGUGUGACUACAACCGACCUGGCAUGACAUGCGACAAACGCAUGAAAUGGGCAUGGCGUGGUGAAUAUUUCCCUGCCAAGCGCGACGAAGUGAAUAUGAUCCGCCAUGCACUUGAUAUGGAGACGUUCCCGGGCCGCGAUGCGAAUAGCAAGCCACGCUCGUACCAGGACCUGAGUGCCACGGAGCAGUCAGCGUUGCUGCAGAAGCGCUUGGCUGACUACAGUCGCAAAGUGUACAAGCGUGCACAUGAUACCAAGACCGUGGUCCGUGAAGCGAUUAUUUGCCAGCGCGAGAACCCAUUCUACAUCAAUACCGUGCGUGACUUCCGUGAUCGUCGAUACGAGUACAAAGGCCUGCAUAAAAAGUGGAAGAAGAAUCUUGACAAGGCCUUGGAGAGCGGCGCGUUGAACGACACGCUGGAAGCGAAGAAGAUGAUCGUGCUGUACGACUCUUUGCAAUUGGCGCACAAGUGUAUUUUAAACUCGUUCUACGGGUAUGUCAUGCGUAAAGGUGCGCGAUGGUACUCGAUGGAGAUGGCAGGUAUUACCUGUCUGACGGGUGCCACGAUCAUUCAGAUGGCCAAAGACUUGGUCGACCGGAUUGGACGGCCGUUGGAACUGGAUACAGAUGGUAUUUGGUGUAUGCUUCCUGGCACAUUCCCCGAGAACUUUACGUUCCAAUGUCGGAACGGCAAGUCGUUCGGCGUAUCCUAUCCAUGUACAAUGCUGAAUUACUUGGUGCAUCAGCGGUUCACGAAUCAUCAGUAUCAUGACCUAGUGGAUGCGAAGACAGGCGAGUACAACGUGCACAGUGAGAACAGUAUCUUUUUCGAACUGGAUGGCCCAUAUCGCGCGAUGAUCCUCCCGUCCAGUAAAGAAGAGGACAAGCUGCUGAAAAAACGGUAUGCUGUCUUUAAUGAGGAUGGAUCGCUCGCUGAGCUGAAAGGAUUCGAAGUGAAGAGACGUGGUGAGCUUCAGUUGAUCAAAGAUUUCCAAAAGCAGAUUUUCAGCAAAUUCUUGCUGGGUGACUCGCUCGUGAGUUGCUACGCUGCUGUAGCCAAGAUUGCGGAUCAGUGGCUGGAUGUGCUGUACAGCAAAGGCUCGACGCUCCAUGAUGAGGAAUUGAUUGAUCUGAUUGCCGAGAACAAGAGCAUGUCGAAACUGCUGAGUGAAUAUGGUUCCCAAAAGUCGACAGCCAUUACGACAGCACGUCGUCUAGCUGAGAUGCUGGGACAGCAGGUCGUCAAGGACCGUGGCUUGGCGUGCAAGUUUAUUGUCUCUGCUAAGCCGUAUGGUGCGCCUGUGACCGAGCGUGCUGUGCCUGUGGCCAUUUUUAAUGCAGAGCCAGAUGUAAAGGCUCAUUUCCUCCGCCGCUUUUUGAAAGACAACACGCUUACGAACUUUGAUAUCCGCAACAUUCUUGACUGGCAGUACUACAUUGAGCGAUUUGCCGGUGUCAUUCAAAAGCUCAUCACCAUUCCAGCCGCGAUGCAACGUGUGCCCAACCCAGUGCCACGUGUGCGUCAUCCUGACUGGCUACUCAAGCGCGUGGCCGCGCGUGAAGACAAGGUGACACAGGCCAAACUCGAUACAUUGUUCCAUGGCGAAGCUGUACGGGCCCGCACCAAGGCGCCCGCCGCCGUGCUAGCGCAGCCAAGCGUGGCUCGUGAGCCAACGCCGCCGCCAGCGCCAGAGCUGUCGAUACCUGAUAUCGAGCAGGACUAUCCUGGAUGGGUUGCAGCCAUGCGAAGCCGGUGGCGGCAGCGUCGUGCAGAACGGCGUCGUGACGGCACAGAGCGACGUCCAGCUACUCUUGGCGGGAUGCUGGCAGAGCGUAGCACCGCGAUGGCAUCGGCUGCGUGGGAUAUUGUACAGCUUGCGCCGACCGCGCGACCGGGUGAGUUCCGGAUGUGGGUCUUGGUGGAUCGCCAAUUGCAUGCUCUCCGAUUGCAUGUACCACGCCAGCUGUACGUGAACUUUGUGCACAUGCCGGCGCCUGGUACGCUCCUCGAUACCUAUCGUGCAGAAGUGGUGCAUCGUCUGCUGCCCCGAGGUGCCCCUGUGCGACACUUGAUGCUGCUGACGAUCCCGGAAGAAGAGUUCCAGGCGAAUGAGUACCACUUUGCAGGACUAUUGAACCACCCUAACGUUGAUGGCGUGUACGAGCGACAUGUACCGCUGGACGUGCGUGCGAUCCUACAGCUAGGUACGACCUGCACGCUGCGCCGUGGCGCCAAGCUGCAUCAGGCCCUGGAAAAGGGCUUGCCUCUCUCGGAUCUAUCUCAUGCCUCAGGCGCGGCAUCGUCCUACCUAUUUGGUGGUCGCGCUAUGCGUACCUUGUACUUAUACCAUGCCUCGGAUGGCAAACGCCAUGUACUUGUCCUUGUCAACAGUGAUGGCACUACGCGAGUCCACCUGGUCGACUCGGCAGGCUUGCAGCAAUGGCCGUCGCUGGAAGCACUGUAUACGGAGCGGCAUAUGGCGAUGGCCAAAGCAGGGCGCAUCGGAGAUGGCCAAGGUGCAUUUGACUACCCCUCGUCGCUGCAUACCGAAGUUUCAGUACAUACCAACCUCACAAAAGCAUUCCGUGCGCUGAUCAAGGAUGUACGUGAAGCCAAAGCAGCACGGCAAGGUGCGGCGUUCCUGACUGUGUGCACUUCGCGUUCGCUCUCAUACUAUGAUACGCACAUGAACUUGUCGAUGGAGCUGCCUGUGCUUAUGGUGCCAGCAGCCCGCGCGGAGGAUGCGUUGCCGGCGUUGGGCUGGCAGCCCUACGCAGCCCGCCGUAUGGUCAGCUGCUACUUGCGUACGUCUGCGUGGCUGGCCCGCUGGAUUGAGCUGGCGACGCAUUUGGAUGUGCCGGUAUGCAAUAUGGAACGGGAUUUUGCACUGUUUGGCAGUGAUCUGGACUUUGCACGUCGCUUGCAACUAAAUGAUAUGGUGCUAUGGUGGUCCUCUGGUCCCCGUCCCGAUUUGGGCGGUCGUGAAGACGAUGCCCAUGCCGGUGUGAUCGACGAACUGGAUGCGUUGGAAGUGAUCAACCCAGGUGCAUAUGCCAACGUGUGCCUCGAAAUCCAAGUGGCCGACCUUGCGUUGAACUGUGUGCUGCAGAGUGCCAGUGUCCAUGCGAUGGAAGGUAUCGGUGCUGCAUCGAUGGCGUUUGAUGCUGCCUCGCAUUCUCUAGAUGACUAUGCGCGUGGCCAUGUGCCUGUGUCAACGGACCUGGGCGACGCCGUGCUCACAUCACAGACCUUUGCGACGGUCCGCAGCAUGGUGAAAACAUGGCACGUUGACAAGACACGAGGAGCUUCCACCUGCGCCUCGCUCCUUGCCGACAAUUUCUGGCGUUGGGCGUGCAGUACAAGAUCUGCGCUGUUUGAGCCAGCGCUGCAGCGGUUCUUGCAGCGUUUGAUGCGCAAGAUGAUGUUGCAGCUCCUUGCCGAAUUCCGACGAUUGGGUGUGCAGAUUGUGUAUGCGAGCUAUACACGACUCAUCUUGCUGACGAAUCGCCCAACCGCAGGCAGUGCAGCGGCGUUCGGGCGGUACUUGCUAAGUGCAGCCACAUCGCCGGACGUAUUCCGCCACUUGUCUUUCCACCUCGUGCAUGUAUGGGAGUACUUGCUGUUCUUGGAUAUGGCGAAUAUGGGUGGUGUUAUUGCGCACGAUCCAGACGCUACGGAACUUCCGGACGAUGUGGACGUGGAAAUGGCUUGGAAUAUACAAGCGUUCCUACCGCCUGCGCUGCAAGAGCGAUUUGCCAAGGCCAUUGGUCUGUUCAUUUAUGAGCUGUACCGAGCCAAAAAGAAGUACGUCGAGGGGACGGGCGAUCGCCCUGUGAUGCGAAUACUGCCACAAAACACGCCGUCAAAGCCCACGGCUACCGACGACGUGGAGAAGGAAGAGGCAGGACAGGCUCAGCAGGUCAUGGACAUCAUUGCGCAUGUCAUGACCCCACGCCUUCUUCGUAUGGUCGGCGACAUUCAAACCGAGUGGAAGAGCGGUAUCGAUGCGGAUCGCUGGACGUUCCCUCAGUUACCAGGCUCGCAUCUCGACCUCAACAACCCCGCGUUGGAAUUUAUCAAAGCCACGACGCGUGUUUUGGCCUUGCACAAAGAAGCGGCUUUAGAAGCGCAGGUAUGCAAGCGCAAUCUUCUCGACCUGAUCGGUGUACGAGAAUUUGCCCCUGUGGCCGAAUGGCGAAACCCGUGCUUGUCGUUCCGACUUCCGUGGGUCAUUUGCCAGUUCUGCAAUGAAGACCGCACCCUGGACUUGUGCCGUGAUACUGACUUGUUGGCUCAUCCGCAUGAUCAUGAUUGGCGCUGCACACGCUGCGAUACCCUAUAUGACCGCACUGAGAUUGAGCUUCGUUUAGUAGCCCAAGUGCAGCAGCACGUGGCCCAGCAUGCCGUGCAAGAUCUGCAUUGCGAGAGAUGUGGACGCAUUCAUACUGGCAACUUGGCACCGUACUGCAGUUGCUCUGGCGCAUGGGUGCACAAAUCACCUGCCGCCACGACCAUGCGAAGGCUUACGCAUGCCCUCGCGAUUGCCGAGUUUCAUGCCUUUCCCUUGCUCGCCGCUACCGUGCGUAUGUGGCUCGAGGCGAUUUAA